AACCUUAAAUGCAACAACAUAUAUAAACGCAUAAUUCUUUGUUUUCUUCUUUCUUUACUUUGUAAUCUAUUAAACAAAACAACUAAUAUGCAAUCCAAGGUUUACGCUCUUCUAUUUGCAAUCGUCAUCUUCUUCUUCGCUCAAGUAAAUGCUGCUUGUAACUGUGAUCCCAGUGAUACUAGCUGUCUUAGACAAUGUGGUAAGUAAACAUUUAUAUAUUUCUUGGCAAUGUAUUAAGUAAUGUCUAUAGUCACCACUGGUCAAUCUUGUAUUGAUGGCUGUGAUGGCGAUACUGACUGUUACAACAACUGUAUUUCUAACCACUGGCCCGGUGAAACCGACUCUUCUUCCUCUUCUACUACCCGUGCUGAUACCACCACCACUGCUCAAACCACCACUGCUCAAACCACCACUGCUCAAACUACCACUGCUCAAACUACCACUGCUCAAACUACCACUGCUCAAACUACCAGAGCCGCUACUACCACUGCCACUACUAUCACCCUCAUCUCUACUAGUGCUGCUGAACCUACUUCCACUGCCUCUAAUGUCUUGAUCAGCUCUGCCAGCAUCAUUGCUUCUGCUACUAGCUCUGCUGCUCCUGUUGAUAGCUCCAUCAUUUCUUCUAUUGCCUCUGUUGCUUCCUCUGCUGCCUCUUCUGCUGUUGUCAGUGCUUCUUCUGCUAUUUCUUCUCAACUUGCUGCUUCUUCUGCUUCUGUCAUUUCUUCUGUCAGUGCCAGUGCUAGUGCCUCUCAAACUGCUGCCCCUCAAAAUGCCGGUGCUUCCACUAAGCCCUUCAUGCCUGCUAUUGCUAUCGGUAUGGUCUCCCUCUUCUUGGCUCAAUUCUUCUAAUCAAAGAAAGAAAGAAAAACUCUGUACACUUAAUAUAUGUAAACAUUAAUCAUCCUGUCUGGAUAAUAAUUACUAUUACUAUUUACCCUUAUUCUUUAUUCCCUCUCCAACAAAAAAAAAAGAAAGAAAUAAUAAAGUAUACUUUAUAUAUAUAUAAUUUUCUAUCAGACAAUGUUACAUGAUAAUGCAUUGGCUCUUGGAUCGUGGUUUGUAACUUUCAAUAUACUUGAGCUGUUUCUUAUUGAUAGCACCUCUGCGACGUUCACGUAUGUAGGCUACAGCAUCUAAU